CCAAAGGCCACCCCAAGGUCAAAGCCCCUGAAAUUUUAUGGGUCCCAGUAGAGGUGGGGAGGGGUGGGAAUCUGACUGGCUUUGCUCCCAUGGCUGACAAGUAAUGUCUUGUCCCUGUCACCUCCCCAGCAUGGUUCCUCCUGGAUAGUUCCACCUUCUAUCCAGUUUCCUCCACUUGGGAUGGACUCCAAGCAUUGCAUUCACAGGAAUUGGCUUAUAUAAUUAUGGAGGCUGAGGUCUGCAGAUGGCAAGAUGGGGACAGGAGAGCUACUGGUGCAGCUGAAGUCGGAGACCAAAAGCCUGAGAGCAAGGAGAACUGAUGAUGUCCCGAUCCUGAGAGCACACCCCAACCAACCUCCUGCACACUGCUGUCCACCUCAGAGGCUGUCCAGGGAACCUGAUCUGCAACAUCAUGGUCAGAAGAAAACUGCCUCCGAUGUUAAGCAAAACAUGGACUCUGUCAAGAACGAGCUAGACUGCUGGCCCAAGGAGGAUGAGAGCCACGUAAAGCUGAGCCACCCAGCCACCACUGCCUGCAACGGACUGGCCCUGCUGAGCCCGCCCCAGAUCAGCCACACAGCGGCCUGCUUGCACCCACUUAAUCGCCUAAAGAAUUCCACAGGGAAAAUGAAUCUCACCAAGUGUUGCCAACACCAUCCUACCAGGUUCCGCAUCCAUCGUGGACCGGGGCUGCUGACAGAGCACAGGCCCAUCCCUCAGCCCGGCUCCGAGCCCAGGGGAGAGAGUGGAGACGAGAUGAACAUUUCACAUCCUUCUUUCCUCGGUGCCUCACCUCCUCUCCCCCCAGAUCCAACCACUCCGCCGAGCGGCCCCUGCAACACCCCCGGCCUAGGUCUUAACGGCACUUGGAAGCAGAUGCUCCCUGACAGAGAGAAGAUGGGGUUGUGAUCAGGGGAGAGGUGGCGAGAAGGCAUUGGAUUUAGACCUGACAACCGACACAGCCUGAAAGCAUGAUGAGGGGCAGUCAUUUCACCAAAAUACCUGAAGGUCAAGUCUGCCUGGGAGUGAGGCAGCUGGGAAGAUG